AUGACCCCAGGCACCUCCCUUCCCCUCACCAGGGAAGCAGAGCCCUUGAGGCGCACGGAGGGAGAAUCGGCGAGAGAGAGCGAGAAGGACGCAGUCUGCGCCUCCGGCACACAGGAGCCUGGCGACACACGGGUCACGUACCCGUCCUCGCACUCACACACGGGCCUCCCUGCCUUGUCCAAGCGGCACGUUCCGACGGUCGCGCAUGGCUUCUGGUCGGGGGAGAGACCGCAGAAGGCGGAGCAGGCGGCGGGGGGACGCUGGGGGUGGCGGGCGCAGAUGAAGGAGGAGGAGAGGGAGGAGGGCGGGGAGGAGGUGGGGGAAGGGAAGGAGAGGCAGUUGGAGCGGAGGGAGAGGGUGCUGGGGCAGUAG